GGUGGAGUGAAGUUGGGACGAUCGCUGGUCGAAAGUUUUAUUUAGAUAGCAGAGUUAAAAUGCCGAAAUGAUUCAGCCGCAUACACUUUUAUUGAACUCUUGAAAGUAACGAAGGGAAUAAAUAGGCAUAAACAGGCUGCUAGCUUUUGAACCUCAGGUGAAGAUGGGGGACGUCAGUGAAGAGUCGUUACUGGAAUAUAUUUUCAGAGCAGGGGGAAGGGUUAAGAAUGCAGACUUAUUAAAAACAUACAAACAUUUUAUUAGCCACAAUGACCAGCACUUGCGGGCCAAAUACAGAGAGGAGUUCAAACUGAUCAUUGACAGGAUCGCCGUGGUGAAGUCAGAGAAUGGAGAGAAGUACCUGGUGCUGAAAAAGAAGUACAAGCAGCUGAUGCAGGAGAGAGAGGCCGGCCCCCUCAGACCCAGCAGUACAGCGCAGAGGGAGGGGGGAGAAGCCCCCCGGGGCCCGCGUCGCCUCACCAGCGACCCCACAGAGACGGCGGAGGUGCCAAAGGCUGCCCUGGCGUCCCACAAAGGACCCGCCAUCACCAUCACCGUCACGGAAUGCCCCGAUAAUGAAGGACCUGAAGAGGGGCAGCAGAGAGGGGAGGUGGGGGAGCAGCUCUCUUCCGCUGGGUCUGAGGAAAUUCUGGGCCCAGAUCCCGAGAACCUUCCGGAAGACGCUGCCAUCCCAGCCGACGGGGAAGACCAAGCCGACGGGUUCACGGGUUCAAAGUCAGAACUGGAGCAGGACCUGGAGCAGGAAGAGGAGGGCACAGGCAGCAUAGGAUCCAACUCUGUGGCUUUGGAUCCACUGGAAAAGGAGUGGAUGCAGUCUGCAGCCUGUGGCCGUCUGGCCCAGCUUUCACAGCUGCUCAAACAGGAGCCCUCACUCGCCUACAAGAAGGACUUUACUUCAUUUACCGCCCUGCACUGGGCCGCCAAGCACGGCAAAGGCGACAUGGCGGCCAUGAUGGCCAACGCUGGGGCUGAUGUCAACAUCAAAGCCGGUUACACGCCCCUUCAUAUCGCUGCCCUGCACGGCCAUCAGCACAUCAUCGACCUGCUCAUCGGGACCUACGGUGCGAAAGAGAACGUGCGGGACUACAGCGGACACUUCGCCUGCCACUACCUCAGCACUAGGGAUGAGCCUGGAGAGUUUCCUGGGCUUGAGUGCCAGGCCGCACAGAGCCCAGAGCGGAGGAACAGGAAGCUGGUGACCCUCUUUCACCACAAAAGCUCCGGCGGGGCCCGAAAAAAGUGGGGCUCGGUGGAGGACCUGGGCCCGGGGGGUGAGGAGAGGGCCACACCACACCAGCUGGCCCUGCCUGCCUUCAGGCCCCGGAAGUUCUCACGCUAAGGCACACGCAGAGCGGUACCAGGCUGGUGACGAUUCCGUUGCUACUCUCCAAACCAGUGGCUACUCUCCUGGUAGUUUUCAUUAUUUCUGGGACGUGUGACCAGUACACCGAGUGACCAGGCACCUGAGGCUUGGCCCCUGUGGUCAUCUUAAGGAAUGGUCUUUCACUGUUUGUUGAGGAGCUGAAACAAAGCAUUAAGUAGCUACAGUAAAUGUAUUCAGUUCAGGGCUCCCUUAGCCCUUGACAAUGAUAAUAUCUGCAUCCAGGAAAAUUAGGUUGCACCAAAAAUCAUACAUUUAUCCUUUAAAUGUCAUUGGAAAGUCAGAACUGAGUUUAGUUGGAGCCUUGAUCAAGAACCAGUCCAGUAGCUUCACGAUAAGGUGACUAUUGCUGAUUAUGAUGUACAUAAACAGAUUAUAAGCUUUAUUUUAAGAAGACAUUUUAGUAACCAUAAGCAAGGUAUUAUGAAAAACCUACAUAUGCAACCAAAGAUUCUUAUGAGAAUAUUAUUUUCAGUUUGUUAAAUUUGCUUCAGGAUAAGUUGAGGCAAAAUCCAUUUUGUGUGUUGUUUAGCAAAAUCUAGAUGGUAUCUGCAUCUGUUACAGGUCAGCCAACUCAGUUUCCUGUUCAGAGAUUUCUGACUUUUCUCACAUAACAUGCACUGUAUGAAGAAAUGUAUGGAGAAGGAGACAACCAGUCACAAAAUGUGUUGGUAUUGAAUGAUAUCAAAUAUCAUUUGUAUUGAUAUCAGUGUUGUGAUACAAUCAGUAUUUUUACCAUUUUAGAGGUAGAUUUUCUUUAUUCACUAUAUAUUUCUGUGCGCCAUCAACUCAUGUUACGUGCUAUUUGUAAAUAUUACAGAAUAGCUGAAAAUACACACCAUAACUCUUACCUUAAUCACUUUGAUUCCUGUAAAACAUAUAAUCCUUACUUCCAUUCUGGAUUUUUAUUAUGAUUUCUGGGUUUUACAUAUUAUUAUGUACAUUUGAAUUGAAUUUAUUUUUUGUACUGUUUGUGUUUACUCCUCAAAUUGUAACCCUUUGCUCCCCUGUCAAAAUACCAAAAGCAUCAUUGCAAAAGCUUAUUUUGCACACUUGUAUUUAAUAUGUAAAUUGUAGUUUUGUAAUUGACCCACAUUGCCUUUUUACGCUAUGUGCAUUAUCGGCGGGCUGAAGGUGUACUGAGAUUGUGGACAAUUUGGUUCUGCCAAAUAAAGAACAAAGGAUCAUUGAGCCAAAGAA